UCUACAUAUAUAGCAAAAAUACACCUUACAGAUUUUUAUUUAACUAUUCUCAAUAUCUACAAUGAUGAACAUAAUGAAAAGUGUAGCGAUCAUUUGCGUUCUUGGGAUAUUCUUUAUGCCUCGUUAUUCUGAAUCCGCAAUAUCUUGUAGUGUUGUGCUACAGGAUUUGCAGCCAUGUGUUAGCUACUUGACCAGCGGAAGUGGAAAGCCUCCCCAAACUUGCUGCGACGGAGUUCAGAAUCUAGCGGCGGCGACCACCGCAUCUGCCGAUAAGAAGGCGGCUUGCCAAUGCAUCAAGUCAGUGGCUAGUAGUGUGACCGUGAAGCCUGAAUUGGCUCAAGCCCUUGCUAGCAACUGUGGUGCGAGCUUGCCCGUUGAUGCAUCUUCUACUGUCGACUGCACUACGGUUGGUUGAGUUAUUCUCAACAUCCAACAAUAUAAUGGUACUUCUUAUAUUAAUUAAGUACGCGGUUUAUUUCAAUAAAGACGCCUUAUCAUAUAUUUAGGCGAGUGUUUAUGCCGACACAUGCCAUAUCGUUACGUAUGACGAUGUACAUGUUAAUGUGUACUAGUUCUUUUAGUGCAUUUGUGCAUGCAAUGUAAUCAUUUACUCCGGUGGUUUGGAUAUAUAUUGUGAACUGAUGAGUCAUAAAACAAAACCCCAGCUUUUCUUGUUGUCAUAUAUUUUUAUCAGAGCUCGAUCUAUGUUUAGUAUA